AUGGAAUAUUCUACAAGCGACAAUUCUUUGCAGACAGAAAAUGAUUUAUUUUAUUUCGAAUCAGAUCACCUUGCUCUCAGAGGAAAUAAAGACUACAGUGAAUUAUUGAAAACUCUAUUUAUUCUGUCUGCACAAAGAGAAAGAGCAUUCAAGGAUUAUGAAACUAUCAGGAAAAUGAAAAAAAGCGCUCUUGAAGAUCCUGAAUCAUUUUUGAAGAAACUAAAGAGAAAUGAAUUGGAUAUACCACCGAUGCAAACAAUUGCUCAGAUUCCAUUUAUAGAUUGGUACGUCUAUGACACAAAAGUUCCAGAAGAGGAGUUGAAAGCCAUUUAUAGUGAUAAAUCUUCAGAAAAGAAAGAGACUAUUGAUUUGGGAAAACAUGGAAACAAAAACACACACAAAAAGCUUUGGACUUCUGAGGAGCAGAAGCUGUUGGAGGAGCUGCUAAUCAAGUAUCCUGAAGAACCUAUCGAAAGCAGGAGGCACCGGAAGAUAGCCAAUGAACUAAAAACGAGGACCGAACAACAAGUUGCUAGCAGAUUACAGAAAUAUUAUCAAAAAAUGGCUAAAGCAGGAAUGCCUGUUCAUGGAAAGGUAUCCAAAUCAUCAAAUUCGCAAAGAAAGAAUAAGCAUAAGUAUAAUAUGUGGAAGCCGACAACAUUUUUUCCCGAAUAUAAUGUCUCAGUUUAUAUGGAUGAAACAGAAAGUGUCCCUGGGCCUUCUUUUGAGGAUAAUUCAAGGCCGUCCACCUCAAAUACUCCAAAUUACCUGCUUUCAACUCAUUAUCAUCGACCCAAAAAUACUGAUCAAACAAUUGAAAAAUCUGAAAUUGAAAUGCAAAUGGAACUCUUGAAGAGGGUCAAGUUAGAAAAGGCUAGAGAAGAGGAAAUGAGCGAGCCAUAUAGACACAUGACUUUUAAGUGCAACUAUUGUAACGAAGAACCAAUAUUGGGAACUAGAUGGCAUUGCAGUACUUGUAUCCAGGAAUCGGUUGACUUCUGUACAGAUUGCCUUGUAUCACAAAUUUAUUCCGAGAACCCUCACCCUAUGUCUCAUAGAUUUGUUACUUUACCUCAUCCGGAUGACUCUAAUUCCAACAUGUCCAGUGACUCGGAUAGUGAAAGUACAAAUGGAAACUCAAACAAUAUAAGUGAUAGUGAUGCUAGUGCAUACAGCAGUGUCCCAUCUGUAAAAUCAAAGAAUUGUUUUCAUUCAAAUGGGAAUAUUCAUGAGAAAAAUGGGACUAAUGGUUCGAAUAAUGUGACUAUGGAUAGAUUCUUGAAAGACUUUGUUUAUGAUGAAGACAAACAGAACACUUCUUAUACCACUUCAGACAUAGGAUAUGCAUACCUUCAUUCUAAUCUGUCCAUGAACGACUAAAAUAUUGUGCUGAAACAUGAAUAGGCUGUGAUUGUGUUUUGUAUAGAAGUAUUAAAAAAAUUAUUUUCUAUA